GGGAACGAAAAUAUACAUCUCUUAGCAUUCCCAAUCUGGAACUGUAAACCCGCGCCAAAGGACACAGUUUCACUGAAAUAUUCCGUAUUGUUGUUUAUUUAUGGCGUCAAAAGCACGUUAAGGAGUUAUGGCGGCUAAUCAAAGCCUUUGUGAAUCUGAAUGCACGCGACUUGAAGACAUAUCGGGAAGGUUUUCAAUGCAUGCCUUUUAUGUUGUUAUUAUAGAUAGACCCUAUCUAAAUAGUGUUGAUCUUUAAUAGUCAUCUGAGAGAUGCAUUAGUGUGCAUAUGCCGCACAAACUGCUUAAUCAAAACAGCAGGUGUUGCCGCAAACAGGAUUAAGCGAUGAAGUUCAAUUUCAAAAUGCAUGGCGGAAUGGACCGAUGCAACUGAUGUGAAAACGCUGAUUGCAUUGGUUGGCGUUUUUCAUUCGUUACUCGACGUUGAAUUGUCUGGGAAUAAUUUGAGGUGAUCCACACCCCGUCAUUGUUGCAGCCAUGUCCCCUCCAGCAUCCGCUGCGACAGCCAGUGAGAGCAGCACCACCACUGUUUUCGAAGACGACACGGACAGCCCUCGAGAGGAGCAGAGGCCUGUGAAGCAGUCCCUGAGCAAGUCCAUGUGCAGGGAAGUGUUCUGGAAAUGCCUGCUGUUAUCCAUGCUCAUGUAUGGAUGCAUGGGAGCCAUGGUGUGGUGCCAUGUCACCAAGGUCACCCGGUUGACGUUUGACAGUGCCUACAAAGGGAAGUCCAUGAUGUACCAUGACAGUCCCUGCUCUGACGGCUACAUCUACAUUCCAUUGGCCUUCCUCAUCAUGCUUUACUUUGUUUAUCUGGUGGAGUGCUGGCACUGCCAUGCUAGAAACGAGCUUCAGUACAAGGUGAACGUGGAGGGAAUUUAUGAAAGAGUCCAGAGAAUGCAGCAAGCCAAGCCUUGUAUCUGGUGGAAGGCCAUUAGCUACCACUACGUGCGACGUACGCGCCAAGUUACACGGUACCGCAAUGGAGACGCCUACACCACCACGCAAGUGUAUCACGAGAGAGUGAACACGCACGUGGCUGAGGCAGAGUAUGAUUAUGGACACUGUGGCAUCAAGGAUGUCUCCAAGCAGCUAGCUGGUCUGGAAAAGUCAGCCAUCACCAAACUGAGGUUCACUAAGUGCUUUAGCUUUGCCAACGUGGAGUCUGAAAAUUCCUACUUGACCCAACGCGCAAGGUUCUUCACCGAUAACGAAGGUCUGGACGAUUACAUGGAGGCCCGGGAGGGGAUGCACCUAAAAAACAUAGACUUCAAAGAGUACAUGAUUGCCUUUUCCAACCCGGACCACCAUCCCUGGUACAUCUCCAACUAUGUCUUCUGGACGGCUUCCUUUCUGACUUUGUCCUGGCCCUUACGGGUGCUGACGGAGUACCGCACGGCUUACGUCCACUACCGUGUGGAGAAGCUCUUUGGUGCAGACUACAUCCCUGUGACACCAUGCGACGAGAGACCCUACUGCAGACGCAUCCCGAGGGUCAACACCAUAGAUAGCACUGAACUGGAAUGGCAUAUUCGUUCAAACCAACAGCUGGUGCCCAGUUACUCCGAGGCAGGCUUGAUGGAUCUGGCACAGCGUUCGGGAGGCGUCAGGCAGAACUGCGAGCGCUGCCAUCGUGCCAUCAGCAGCUCGUCCGUAUUCUCCCGCAGUGCCCUCAGCAUCUGCAAUGGCAGUCCACGGAUCCCCUUCAGCGGAAGUCGCUUCUCACUGGGCAGGCUGUAUGGCUCCCGCCGCAGCUGUUUUUGGAGAAGCGGAAGCUUGGAUGAACCCGAGAGCCCCAGCGAAAACACACAAUGCCUGUCGGGACGGAUCACCACUGAUGAGGAAGACCCACCGCCCUACCAGGAUGCGCUGUACUUCCCGGUGCUUAUUGUCCACUGUAGUGAAAGCUGCCCCAACCACCGGUCCUUCCAUAGGAAUAGUUCGUGCGUAGAAACAUCUUUAUGAUUGAUCCGUAACGGGUGAUUCUCAUGAAACCUGUCAAGAAAAUGUCCCGACCUAUUCACUCCAAAAUUAAAAAGAAACAAACAAGUUAUUCUGUUUUGCAUAUAGAAAUUGAAGCACAUUUUUAAAGGCUAUUAAGAUUUUUUACAUUGUGUCAUUAUUUUGAUGACAGUACCCCCAAUUUUCAUUACAUGGAAAAAGUUUUUUUAUUAUA